UUCGAUUCGAAAUACACUUGUUACAUUUAUUAAAUCCGUAAAAUACUCGAUAUUCAGCAAAUAUACCAUAUUUGUGAAUUAAAAAAGGAAAAUCCUUUUCCAUAUUUUAAAAUAAGACGCCACCAUGAAAAUAUCGUGCAAUAAAUCUAACCCUCCAUUAGGAGGUUUAAUGGCUGCCGAGCUUUAUAGAUCAUCAGUGAAAGAAUUUGAAAUAGUGUGGGGAAGUGAAUCCCACAUUCUUCUUCCGAAUUCGUCCAAACCGGUGCCAUAUGGAACAAGCAAUGAUUUAAUUAGAAUAUUAGAGAACGCGUUUAACAAGUCUGCUGGACCUCUUCAAAAGGUCACAAUGAACCAUUGGCUUUCAUUUAGUCUUGUACUAGAUGAGGAUAUUUCACAAUCAGUUCAAUAUCUUGACAAAAUUCUGGGACCUCUAACCUAUCUUGUUGGGGAAUCGUUAUCAGUUUCUGAUCUAGCGGUAUUCAGUGUGUUAAAUUUUUCCAGCAAAUUUAAAGAUGUCUCAGGAAAAAUAUCUCCAACAAACAUUCUCCGAUGGAUGAAACUGAUACAGGCUCAAGAACCAGUUGUAAAUGUGCUUAAGCAAAUACCAGAUGAUGUUUUGAAUAACAUUUCAAAGUCUCCUAGGAGGUCACCAGCAGCUACUAAGGAGGCUGGAGGUCGAUUAGCCGAGGGCAAGUUCAUUGAACUGCCACAUGCUGAGAUGGGCAAGGUUGUUGUGAGGUUCCCACCUGAAGCCUCUGGAUACCUGCAUAUUGGCCAUGCUAAAGCGGCUUUAUUAAAUCAAUAUUACCAGCAAGCAUUUGAAGGAAAACUUGUUAUGAGAUUUGAUGACACUAACCCUGCUAAGGAAAACGCUGAUUUUGAAAAGGUUAUAUUAGAAGAUGUAGAAAUGUUAGAGAUCAAGCCGGACAUGUUCACUCACACUUCUCAAUACUUCGAUAUGAUGAUGGAUUUCUGUGUGAAAUUAAUAAAAGAGAACAAAGCAUUCGUAGACGACACGCCCGCGGAGCAGAUGAAGAACGAGAGAGAUCAAAAAGUCGAAAGUAAAAAUAGAAACAAUUCUGUUGAGAAGAAUCUGGAGUUGUGGGAAGAGAUGAAGAAGGGCAGUUCUGUCGGCGUGCAGUGCUGCGUGCGCGCUAAGAUCGACAUGCAGUCAGCGAACGGCUGUCUGAGAGACCCCACUAUAUACCGGUGUAAACCCGAAACACAUCCACGUACCGGUAACCAAUAUAAAGUAUACCCGACAUACGACUUCGCGUGUCCCAUAGUGGAUUCUGUGGAGGGCGUGACGCACGUGCUGCGUACCAUGGAGUACCACGACCGUGACCCUCAGUUCUACUGGUUCAUUGACGCACUUGGACUCAGGAAACCCUACAUAUGGGAGUACAGCAGAUUAAGUAUGACGAAUACAGUUUUGUCUAAGAGGAAAUUAACGUGGUUUGUCGAGCAAGGACUUGUUGAUGGAUGGGACGACCCGCGCAUGCCGACGGUGCGCGGCGUGCUGCGGCGCGGCAUGACGGUGGAGGGUCUGCGCCAGUUCAUCCGCGCGCAGGGCUCCAGCCGCUCCGUCGUCUUCAUGGAGUGGGACAAGAUCUGGGCAAUCAAUAAAAAGGUCAUCGACCCGAUAGCACCUAGGUACACCGCUCUGGAGGCUAACCCAGUGCCGGUGAAUCUGCAAGGUGUGUCAGGUCGGACUCCCCUGAGUGUACCUCUGCAUCCCAAAAACCCGGACGUGGGCGUGAAGACGGUGUGGGUGACGUCACGUCUUCUCAUCGACCAGGCAGACGCAAUCGCAUUAAAACAAGGAGAAAACGCUACCUUUAUUAACUAUGGAAAUGUUAUGAUUGAUAAGAUUCACAAGGAUAAAGAUGGUAAAGUGACAAGUAUUGAUGCUACACCAAAUCUGGAUAAUAAGGAUUUUAAGAAGACGUUAAAAUUGACCUGGCUGUCUAACGACGUGCAUAACACUGUGGAGACUUACUGCGUGUUCUUUGACCAUAUUAUAUCGAAACCUGUGCUCGGGAAAGAUGAAGACUUCAAGCAAUAUAUUGGACAUCAGACUAGGUGGGAGAUGUUGAUGGUGGGCGAGCCGGAGCUGAGCAAGGUGGCUGUGGGGGACAUCAUACAGCUGCAACGUCGCGGCUUCUUCCGGGUGGAUGUGGCGCCGGGCUCCGUGUCCUUCCACACGGGCCGGCCGGUGCCGCUGGUGCUCUUCCAUGUACCUGAUGGACACACUAAGGAGAUGCCCGGACAGCCGAAAACGGCCCAAGCGACACCUGUCAAACAAGAGCCAAAGAAAGCUGACGCGGCUGGCGACUCCUCUAAGUUAAACGAAGAGAUCGUUAAACAAGGAGAAAUAGUGCGGUCCCUUAAGGCUGCUAAAACGGACAAGGCGCAAGUUGACCAGGCUGUCAAAGUUCUACUGAACUUGAAAGCAAAGUACAAGACUGCUACUGGACAGGAUUGGAAACCCAUCACUCCAGUGCAAGCGCCAGCGUCUGGCGACGCGUCAUCCCUAAGCCAGCAGAUCACUCAACAAGGCGACCUCGUGCGCUCCCUUAAAACUGCUAAAGCCGACAAACCGAAAGUUGACGAGGCUGUCAAAGCUUUACUGCAACUUAAGGCGAAGUACAAAGCUGCUACUGGACAGGAGUGGAAGCCAGGAACAUCACCUCCCUCAGUUACGUCACCGUCCAGUGACGUCACCGCUCUGAACCAAGAGAUCACCGAACAAGGCGACGCAGUGCGUUCUCUGAAAGCCAGCAAAGCGGAUAAAGCAAAAGUUGACGAAGCUGUGAAAGUGUUGUUAGAACUCAAAACAAAGUAUAAAACGGCUACCGGACAAAUACGAACAAUCAAAGCCGCUAAAGCUGAGAAGACUGUUAUUGACGUCGAGGUAAAGAAUUUGCUGAAUCUAAAAGCGCAGUACAAAUCAAUAACUGGCAAGGACUGGACACCGAGCGUAACUCCGGCGCAGGAUACCAAGAAAACUGAUAAUAAAAAGCAAGCAGCGGCGCCGGCAAACGGAGAUAUGGAAAAGGCAGCAAGUUUGUCAGCGGACAUCGCACAGCAAGGCGACCGUGUUAGAGAAUUAAAAACAAAUAAGGCUGAUAAGGCCACAAUCGAUGCAGAGGUAAAGAAGCUUCUAGAACUAAAAGCGCAGUACCAGACUGAGACGGGGUCAGCGUACGUCGCGCCGACACAGCCGAGAGAAGCCAAGCCCAAAGAGAAGAAGCCCAAAGAAGAAAAGAAAGACAAACCCAAAGAAGACAAGAAAGAUAAAACUAAAGAAGUAAAGAAGGAACCUAAAGCUAAAGAACCAUCUCCAAAACCAGCAAAGGAAGAAUCAUCUAGCGGAGUUAAGAAGAUAACUCGAUUGGGACUAGAAGCAAGCAAGGAGACGGAUCUCUCUGAAUGGUACUCACAGGUCAUUACGAAGUCGGAGAUGAUAGACUACUACGACAUCUCGGGCUGCUACAUCCUGCGGCCCUGGUCCUACAGCAUCUGGGAGCACAUCAGGAACUACUUGAGCAAGGAGCUCAAGAAACUCGGCGUCAAGGACGGAUACUUCCCGAUAUUCGUAUCUAAGGUAAAAAAUCACAUUCUUCACGUUUUAUCUUUUAGAAAUCUUACUAAUAUUAUAAAUGGAAAAUUAACUGAACGGAUUUCGAUAAAAUUCGGACGUGGUAUACAGGGUGCGACCAGCCACCACCUCGGACAGAACUUCUCCAAGAUGUUCGAGAUCGUGUACGACGACCCCGACACGCAGGAGAAGAAGUACGUGUACCAAAACUCGUGGGGCAUCACCACCAGAACUAUUGGUGUGAUGAUAUUAGUACACGGAGACGACCGAGGUCUAGUCCUGCCUCCCCGUGUCGCUGAGGUCCAGGCUGUGGUGGUCCCUUGCGGCAUCACAGCAUCCAGCUCUCCUGAAGAACGGAAAACAUUGAUAGACUCCUGUAAGGAACUGGUUGAUGAACUUAUCAAAGGCGGGGUCAGAGCUGAAGGAGAUUAUAGAGACAAUUAUUCACCGGGUUGGAAGUUUAACCAUUGGGAAUUGAAGGGUGUACCUAUCCGUGUGGAGUUGGGUCCUAAAGACAUGUCUCGUGGUGAGGUGGUAGCGGUGAGGAGAGUUGACGGUGCCAAGCGUACUAUCAAACGUGAAGCAGUUGCCACUGAACUGGCAGCACUAUUGGAACAAACACAUGCUGAAAUGUUUGAAAAGGCUACAAAAGAAAGGGAUUCAAGAUUGUCUCUUGUGAAUAAAUGGGAAAAUUUUGUGGCAGCUUUGGAACAGAAGCACAUAUUGUUGGCACCAUUCUGCGGUGAUAUACCAUGUGAGGAUCGGAUCAAGGGGGACAGUGCCAAGACGGAUGAUGACACAACAGCGGAGGUGAAGGGACCAGCUAUGGGAGCCAAGUCUCUCUGUAUACCAUUCAAGCAACCAAGGGAACUCACAAAAGAUGACCGUUGCAUCCAUCCUGAGUGUAAUAACAAGCCCAAGUUCAUAACACUAUUUGGACGGAGCUAUUAAACAAAAUAAUUUGAUACGCUUUUGUAAAAAAACAUUUUUAAUAAAUUAUUAAUUGAUUAUUU